CCCGGAUGAACCGCGGCUUCCGGCGCGUCCUCUGGGGCAGCAGGGGGCGCGCAUCGGGCGCGCCUCGGCUGGCUCGGGUCCUUUAGGGGCCUGUGCGGCCCUGUGUAGCUGGAAAGAAAAUGGAGUAAGAGCCCGAGUCUGAGGGGCAGCCCUAACCCCUCUGACCGAGGUCCUGCCGUCUUCGCCGCCAGGAGCCUCUUUCUUCUCCGGACCUAGUGCCGUUCGAGCGCCCCUGUGGCCUGGGCCCCGCGAGUGGAAUGGUCGCCGAGGCCCAGGGCGUUGGGCUUCUGCCCGCCCAGUGAAGGGAACUGGGAGCCUCGAGGGUUCCCGCUCCUCCUACUCCAGGCGCGGACAACUCCGCUUGCUGAGAGCAGUUCGGACACGUUCCUAGUACGCAGCAGCAGGAGCUAAGCCCUGACUUGUCCCCAGCUGGGGCUAUUUAAACCAUGCUUCUUCCCAGCUGUAUUCACUGGCGACUGGAGAUAGAUACCUGUGGUCACCGACUUAGAGCACUUAUUCUACACUGAUCCAGGCAAAUGUGCAAUACCAACAUGUCUGUGUCUACUGAUGGUGCUGUAAGCACCUCACAGAUUCCAGCUUCGGAACAAGAGACCCUGGUUAGACCAAAGCCAUUGCUUUUGAAGUUGUUAAAGUCUGUUGGUGCACAAAAAGACACUUAUACUAUGAAAGAGGUUAUAUUUUACCUUGGCCAGUAUAUUAUGACUAAACGAUUAUAUGAUGAGAAGCAACAGCAUAUUGUGUAUUGUUCCAAUGAUCUCCUAGGGGAUUUGUUUGGAGUGCCAAGCUUCUCUGUGAAAGAACACAGGAAAAUAUAUACAAUGAUUUACAGAAACUUGGUAGUAGUCAAUCAGCAUGAACCAUCAGAUUCAGCCACAUCGGUGAGUGAAAAUGGGUGUCACCUUGAAGGUGGGAGUGAUCAAAAGGACCCUGUGCAAGAGUUGCAGGAAGAGAAACCUUCAUCUUCUGAUUUGGUUUCUAGACCAUCUACCUCAUCUAGAAGGAGAACAAUUAGUGAGACAGAAGAACAUUCAGAUGAAUUACCCAGUGAACGGCAGAGAAAGCGCCACAGAUCUGAUAGUAUUUCCCUUUCCUUUGAUGAAAGCCUUGCUUUGUGUGUAAUAAGGGAGAUAUGUUGUGAAAGAAGCAGUAGCAGCGAAUCAACAGGGACUCCAUCAAAUCCGGAUCUUGAUGCUGGUGUAAGUGAACAUUCAGGUGACUGGUUGGAUCAGGAUUCAGUUUCAGAUCAAUUCAGUGUGGAAUUUGAAGUUGAGUCUCUCGAUUCAGAAGAUUAUAGCCUUAGUGAAGAAGGACAAGAACUCUCAGAUGAAGAUGAUGAGGUGUAUCGAGUAACUGUGUAUCAGGCCGGGGAGAGUGAUACAGAUUCAUUUGAAGAAGAUCCUGAAAUUUCCUUAGCUGACUAUUGGAAGUGUACUUCGUGCAAUGAAAUGAAUCCUCCUCUUCCACCUCAUUGCAACAGAUGUUGGGCCCUUCGUGAGAAUUGGCUUCCUGAAGAUAAAGGGAAAGAUAAAGGGAAAAUGCCUGAGAAAGCCAAAGUAGAAAACUCAACACAAGUAGAAGAGGGCUUUGAUGUCCCUGAUUGUAAAAAAACUACAGUGAAUGAUUCCCGGGAAUCAUGUGCUGAGGAAAAUGAUGAUAAAAUUACACAGGCCUCCCAGUCCCAAGAAAGUGAGGACUAUUCUCAGCCAUCAACUUCUAAUAGCAUCAUUUAUAGCAGCCAAGAAGAUGUCAAAGAGUUUGAGAGGGAAGAAACACAAGACAAAGAAGAAAUCGUGGAAUCUAGUUUUCCCCUUAAUGCCAUUGAACCUUGUGUGAUUUGCCAGGGUCGACCUAAAAAUGGUUGCAUUGUUCAUGGCAAAACAGGACAUCUUAUGGCAUGCUUUACAUGUGCAAAAAAGCUAAAGAAGAGGAAUAAGCCCUGUCCAGUAUGUAGACAACCAAUUCAAAUGAUUGUGCUAACUUAUUUCCCCUAGUGGACAUGUCUAUAAAAGUAGAAUUCUAUAUUUCUAACUACAUAACCCUAAAAAUUUAGACAAAAAAUUAUUUUUUACACAUAUCAAAGUGAGAAAGUAUCUCCAUAUAUGUAGAUUUAUUUCUUCUCUGUAGUAUAAUUGACUUACUUUGGGAAUGGGAAUAGUAAAUACUUCCUUUUAGAAAAAUUUCACUUCUGUUUCUAUUCUAUAUUUGGGUUUUAAUAUAAUUCGGUUUGAUAUGUAGGUCAUCCUUAACCUCCCUACUCCUCAUAUUUUAAAUGAUCCCACUUCCUUAAAAUUUAGAGAAGGAUCUGAUUUAAAAAGAGAAAGGACAUUUAAAUGUAAGUUAUAUACAUUCAGAGUAUGGACUGCUGUGAUUAUGCUACUUAGAGAACAUUCAAAUCUGCAGAUAGUUUCAUUUACCAUGCCUGUGCAUUAAAUUGUCUAAAUUUUUAGGUUUAGUAUACAAUAUUAUUUAUUGAUUUACAAAUAAAAUAUUAAAUGUUUGAUUAA